AUGCAGCAGUCUGUGGUGGCCGCCGAGAAUAUUCUGCUCGCCAUCGACGGCAAGGCACCGAAGCACGAAUACCGGCACGCCUGGCCUGAGAGCCUCAUCAAGCUGACCCUGGGAUUGGAUCGCUCAGUCACACAUUUGAGUGAUGGGAAAUCCGACAUCCUCUGGAGAAGCAAGGAGACGGAAGAUGCCCUGAUGGUGGCUUAA